AUGGCAUCCCAGAGUAAAAUCGUGCCUGCAACGCUUCCAUCGCCGUCGCCGCCGCCGCCGCCGACAUACUGCUGGUCUUGCAAUCAGAAUACGAACGAGUGGCGGGGUCCGGCGCUGACUCAGGGUGGCCAGAACCCCGGGAAAUGGCGAUAUAAUUGCAAGAAGUGCCACAAGGCUACCCAUCCGCCUCAGGAGAUAUUUGAAGGCCUGGAAGAAGCUCUGGCGGAAGCCUCCAAGGAGAGAAUGGAGAGAAUGGAGAUAAUGAUGACGCGUAUGGAAGUACAGCUAGCGAAUAAGAUGGAACGUCAAGAUGAGGCCGAGCGGGAGUGGAAGUCGGCUGCCGACGCACUGGCGAUUUUCGAAUCAAAGCACCAGAACAAUGGGGACCUAAGCUCGAAGGACAUGGAGAAGCUCACUAAGCUGCAGUCCACGGUAGCUGACAAACACGCCAAAUAUCAAGAUAAAGUCAGGAUCGCUAACUCCUAUAGGAACCAAUUGCAAGAUAAGCGGAGAGAAAUCGGCUGGCCAGCGGAUCUAGACUUUCCCCAGGUGUCGCAAACGAUCAGAGCCGGCGGAUCAGGUUCAGUCGCAGCGUCAGCGGACGCAAAUGCCUCGAUGACGCCAGUUGGGACGCAGGCCCAGAACAGCGUACAGUCUUUUGUCUCUCGUGCAGCGCUUCCGUCGUCGUCGGAAGCUGAGAGGAGCCAAGGGGAGCCGGACAGGUUGCCUUACCUCGACAGUGACAGCAGCCCGGACAGCUCACCUACACCAGGGGCUCGCAGAGAUCUGUCUAGCGAAAGAGGUGCGACGUCGACAAGCACAAGCACCACGGCAGUGGUGUCGGGCCUCAGGCCAAAGUCCGGGCUUCGUAUGUCAUUCGGCCCCAAGCCACCGCGAGCCAUGAGGGGACAGAGCAAGGUCCUUGCGGAAUUAGAUAAGCUGGGCAAUCAAGGGCUGGAGAUGACGGCGGAGGGCAAAGCAGACAAGGAAGGGGCGACUGCAGAGGCUGAGACCUCGGACAAGACAAUCUUCUCGAAG